UUGACAAUGUCAUCUACCUCAAUUCAACCAUUCUAGAAUAAUAUACUUUCUGCAUAAAUAUGACAACUGCAUCUUUGCCGAUUCUUCAACCCAGACUCCUACUCGGCUUACAAACUCAUCUUCAGGGAAACGCCCAGUUUAUUUCCGAUGAAGAAAUCCUAUAUCCAGUCGGUUCAGUCCUGGCGUUACAUAACAUCAACCAAAAAAGGCAGAAAUAUAUCCGGUUACCAGAAAAAGGAAAAAAUGUCACUUCAAUAGUGGUCAGUCCGAAUAAGAAACUCAUCGCAGUUGUUGAAUCUGGAGAAAAACCUCAGGUCACCCUUUACGACACUAAAACGUAUAAGAGGAAGAAGCAAAUAACCAUACCAGUUGACAAAGGAGAAAACUGUUAUGCCACAAGAUUUGCCGCUGUCGCUUUCACACAAGACUCAAGGAAUAUAAUUUGUGUGUCAGGAGAACCCGACUGGUUAUUAUAUUCCUUCAAGAGUGAUAAGGGUAAAUUGGAAAGUACUGCUAGAGCCAAUAAUGCCAACGGAACUGGUACUGUGCUUGAGAUCGCAGGUAAUCCAGUAGAUUCAAACCAGUUAGUCCUCGUUGGUGAAGGUCUUCUGAGGAUGUUGCAAUGCGCGGAUUUUCAGUGGAGACAAUUCGGAUACAGUAAGAGCGACCAAAUGGUAUUGAACACCGCUUGUUGGUUGUCCCAAGACAGAAUCUUAAUAGGGACCAAAGAUGGAAAAUUCCUAUUCCUCGAGAGUGGCGAGUUGAAGACUAUUUUUCACGCAAACGACUUACCAGUCAUGAACUUGAGGAUUAAAGAAGAGGCACAGCCACAGACAGGCUCCCAAACUAGCAUUCCUUUGGACGCUUUCGUAUCUUCAGAAGAGGAAGGUCAGAAUUAUUGCAUCAAAUCCCUAAUCAAUUUCUCAAGAGGCUUUGCUUUCGGCUACAUGAACGGAACUGUACAUCUUUAUGAGAAAGAAACGCCACAUAAAUAUCGAAAGAGGAACGUCUUCAGAAUACCAGAUCAUACCAUAGUCAGGGAAUACGAGAAGGCUUCUGAUGAAGUGAUGGCAGAGGUCAACUGUAUAAGCAUAAACCCAGCCCAAGAUAGACUGAUGGUGAGUUGCAGGGAGAGUCAACUGUACUCUGUCAGGUUAUGGCUCCAGGACAUCAAUUCCAGUGCCGAGGUUGCUUUUUCUGAGUUUGGUUACGUGCUUCACAACGGUCCUGUGGGUUCAAUGGCAGUGUGCUCUUGGAAGCCGAUAUUACUUACAGCAGGUCAGAAGGAUCGUACUUUGAAGAUUUGGAACUACGAAACGGCGGAAUUGGAAUUGGGCCAGAAGUACCAGGACGACAUUUAUGGCGUAGCCCUCCACCCAACAGGACUCUAUUGCAUCGUCGGCUUUUCCGACAAGCUCAGAUAUCUGACCAUAAUGAUAGACGAAUUCACCAUCAACAGGGAGUUUCCCAUCAGGGUCUGCAAGCAGUGCUCUUUCAGCCAGAUGGGUCAUUAUUUCGCUGCAGCGAACGGUAACCUGAUCCAGGUAUACUCAAGUAUCACCUUCGAGAUGUUUUACACCCUCAAAGGUCACAACGGGAAGAUAACAGGGAUGAGCUGGACUGCGGACGACAUAAAACUUUCUACCUGCGGCUCAGAGGGCGCUGUUUACGAAUGGAAUGUUACGGAAUCCAAGAGGACUGCCGAGACCAUCAUCAAAACCUGCCCCUUCAACGAUUGCGUCGUCUCCUCGGACGGUAAAUCGACCAUGGCAGUGGGUAAAGAUGGCCACAUCAGGGAACUGAUCAACUCCGUCAUCUAUCGGGACGUGGUGCUGUUGAACACGGCCCUGGACAGCAUAGUGCUGAGUAGACUGGAUACGAUGCUGUUCGUGACCGGCAACAACGGUGUCGUGUUCAGCGUGAAGCUGCCGCUGAUGGAGAAAUUGGACACUUUGGAGUUCAACAUGCACAGCUCCACAGUAACAAACAUGCUUAUCUCCGCCAACGAUAAGUUCAUCCUCACCGGGGCUGAAGAUGGCAGCAUCUGCUUCUGGCGCAUCUUGAACACGGACGGCAAGGCGAUCAAAAUGGACAAGGAGUUUGCAGUGGCCCGAGAGAUCCUCAUCUCCCGGGAAGUCCUAGAGGACAAACUGAACCAGAUCCGCGAUCUACACCUGAGGAUGCACGAGCUAGAGACCGAGUUCGCCUACCAGAUGCGUCAAAACGACGUUGUCCACAACUUGAGGAUGAAGGACGUCCAUCAGGGCUACUGCAGCGCCAUCGAGGAGCUCAAGGAGAAGAACGAGCAGCUGGAGUCCGAUCACCAGCAGGAACUGCACAACAUCAACAUGGAGAUCAACAAGAUGAAGCAGGCCCACGAGCAGUUCGUCCACAAGCUGGAGGCCAACUACAAUGAGAAGCUGAUAUACGAAUACGAUAAGUACAUGAGGCUGGAAGAGAAGAUGGACAAGAUGAGGCUGGAAUACGAGCAGCAACUGGAGGAUCUGAGACAGGCCAAGGCGGAUACCGAGGAAACCAUAACGAACAGCUUUCUGGAAAAAUUACAGGAGAAAGACGCUCAGCACGAUGAGCUUAUCGAACAAGCUAGGCAAAGGACCGAACAACACGAGCUCAUAAAGCAGCAAAUUGAGGACGAUGCCGACAGAGAAAUCUACGAACUCAAGGCUGCCCACGAGAAGGAACUCAAGGAAGAGCAGGACCUUAACGUGAGGAUCAGGGGUGAAACGGCAAUGGUCAAAAAGAAGCUGAUCACGUCCCAGAAGGAAAUCGACGAUCUCAAACACACCGUUUACCUCUUGGAAAGCGACCAUACCAAAUUCAAGGGGGUCAUAGUGGACAGGGAAAAAGACAUAGCGGAUCUGAAGAAGGAGAUCGCUGAGAGAGACCAGACGAUACAGGACAAGGAACGUAGGAUCUACGACCUGAAGAGAAAGAACCAGGAACUGGAGAAAUUCAAGUUUAUCCUGGACUUUAAGAUCAAGGAGUUGAAGUCGCAGAUCGAGCCGAAAGAGAGGACGAUACGAGAGCAAGUGGAGCAGAUAAACGAGAUGGUUCGAGAACUGGAAAACCUGCAGAAGAUCAUCCUCAGUCUGGACCUCCAACUUGACGAGCUGAAGGAGAAGUUGGCUGCCUCCGACAAUGAAGUCAGGAUAGAAGUCGCCAAAAAUAGAAGAAUGAAGGAAGCUCUGAAAUCUCUCAGGACAGAUAUCCAUAAGGCCAGUGGCUACAUCCAGGAUGUUCCUAUGCUGAUCAAAACUAUAAGGAACAUAUACCACAAGUACAACGCAGACAAGGACUUUGCGAUGGCCCAGGAAGAAGACAAGGAAGCCAAAAGCGAGUUUCUUCGUCAGCGUGAAUUCUUAGAAAGGACCGUCAGCAAGCUGAAGGAAAGGGUAAUCAGGAACCAAUCUAGCGUGGGUGUUGACAAAUUCCGAUUGGUCGAAGAGAAUGCCUUGUUAUUGGUAGAAACCAACAAUUUGAGAUACAACUUGAGGAACGAACAAAGGCAGAAUAAGAAAUUGCAAUCCGUACUGGGUUUCUCCAAGAAAUACGUCCUCCCUAGAGUUGCGCAGCAGAAACUCCAUAACGCCAUCGCUACCCGAGAAGAAAUCAGAGACGAAUACCAGAAUAAGCUAGACGCCGAUGAAAAAGCCCUGGCGGUGAUGGCUGGAGAAAACCAGCGUCUUCUCAAGAUGGUUGCUGGAGGAGACGAUGCAGAAGAUGAUGAAGAUGAGGAAAACGGUGAUUACAAUGAUGAUGAGGCAGGUGGAUCAAUGCAAUAUAACACAAUAGAGGGGGCGUUAGCUUUGAAAAAGCCAGAAAGCAAAGCAAGAGAUUCAGAAGAAUUAGACUGAAAUUAUUGAGUUCUUUAUUUACUUGUAUAUGUUCUAUAGAUUUUUUUUUAUGUGCAGUA